ACUCAAAUUUGGAGGUUUGGGUUCUCCAUUUCUUUCAAACUCUGAUCCCCAGAAAAACAAGAACUCUAAAAAAACUUUCUUUACUACUCUUCAAUAUUAUGGAUCCUUACAAGCACUGUCCAUCGAGCGCUCACAAUACACCAUUCUGGACUACCAACGCUGGUGCUCCGGUAUGGAACAACAACUCCUCCAUGACCGUCGGACAAAGAGGUCCGAUCCUCCUUGAAGACUAUCACAUGUUAGAGAAACUCGCCAACUUUGACAGAGAGCGAAUUCCAGAGCGGGUUGUCCAUGCUAGAGGAAUGAGCGCAAAGGGUUUCUUUGAAGUCACUCAUGAAAUCAGUAAUCUUACCUGCGCCGAUUUCCUUCGAGCCCCCGGAGUUCAAACUCCGGUGAUUGUCCGUUUCUCCACUGUCAUCCAUGAGCGUGGCAGCCCUGAAACUCUCCGAGACCCUCGAGGUUUCGCUACCAAGUUUUAUACUAGGGAGGGUAACUUCGAUAUUGUGGGAAACAAUUUCCCUGUUUUCUUCAUCCGGGAUGGAAUAAAAUUUCCUGAUGUGAUCCAUGCAUUCAAGCCAAACCCAAAGUCUCAUAUCCAGGAGUACUGGAGGAUCUUCGAUUUCUUAUCACACCACCCUGAAAGUUUGAGCACGUUCGCUUGGUUCUUUGACGAUGUUGGCAUUCCACAAGAUUACAGACACAUGGAAGGCUUUGGAGUUCACACUUUCUGUUUCUUGAACAAAGCGGGCAAAGUGACCUAUGUCAAAUUUCACUGGAAACCCACUUGCGGCGUCAAGUGUUUGACGGAUGAUGAAGCAAUGAAAAUUGGAGGAGCUAACCACAGUCACGCUACACAAGAUUUAUACGAUUCAAUUGCUGCUGGUAACUAUCCUGAAUGGAUACUUCAUAUUCAGACAAUGGAUCCUGCUGAUGAGGACAGAUUCGACUUCGAUCCACUUGAUAUGACUAAGAUCUGGCCAGAAGACAUUUUCCCUCUACAGCCAAUUGGACGGUUGGUGUUGAACAGGAAUAUUGAUAACUGGUUUGCUGAGAAUGAGAUGCUUGCAUUUAACCCAGCUCAUGUGGUUCCUGGCAUUCACUAUUCUAAUGAUAAGUUAUUCCAGCUUAGGACCUUCGCUUAUAGUGAUACUCAAAGACACCGUCUUGGACCCAAUUAUAUGCAGCUCCCUGUUAAUGCUCCUAAGUGUCCUCAUCACAACAAUCAUUAUGAUGGAUUCAUGAAUUUCAUGCACAGAGAUGAGGAGAUUGAUUACUUCCAAUCCAGAUAUGAUCCAGUUCGCCAUGCAGAGAGAUAUCCUAUUCCUAAUGCUAUUAUUAGCGGACGUCGCGAAAAGUGUGUGAUACCGAAGGAGAACAAUUUCAAGCAACCUGGAGAAAGAUACAGAUCCUGGACACCUGACAGGCAAGAAAGAUUCCUCUGCCGACUGGUGAAUGCCUUAUCGGACCCGCGAAUCACCCAUGAGAUUCGCGGAAUCUGGGUCUCCUACUGGUCUCAGUGCGACCAAUCUCUGGGUCAAAAACUUGCUUCCCGUCUCAAUGUAAGGCCAAACAUUUGAAGUGUGAAAGGAGAUGAUGAUCCUUUGAGUUGCAGACAGAUGUAAUAAUCCUACUAGAUAUUGAAGACUUCUCCCCUUUGUUAUGUCAUAUGUAAUAAAAUGAGAGAGCUUGAGAGUUUAUAUGCUGUCCUGUUCAUAUAAAAUUACUGCAUUCCAAGCUGCUGUACUCUAUAAUAUAAUGUCCUCUUUUGUGU